GAGGUGUGAGCUCGAGAAACUCAUUGCAAGUUAAUGCCUGACUAACUUUUAUUCAUGUCAGUUGUCAGUUGUUAACGUACGACGUUGCUUGCUGUAUCAAUAAUUUUUACGGAAUAUAGACAUUCAUCAUAUGUUACCUUGAUCGAACACAACUUUUUACAAAAUUUAAAAAUAAUAAUAACAAAUUAUUUUUAACUUGUAUGAACUUUAAAUGAAUCGUUGAAUUUCGAAUUUUAUUUUUUCGUUUUUCUAUGAAAUUGAUUGAAAUAUAUAUCCAAGUAUAAUGAUAAAAAAUUAAAAUAUAAUUUUAUUGUCAUUCAUAGAUAAAAGUGAAGUUUGCAACGUCCAGUAAUAAACACAAAAAAAUAUUAAAAUCUUUAUCAACCAUAAGACGUGAAAAAGCACCAACUUGUGAAUAGUGAAAAUAACAAGUGUAAUCUCUCAAAAAAAAACUACUGUAAAACAAAUAAUAGAAAUUUAAAAAAUAGAUAAAUUAAAAAAAACAUAAAAUAUUUACAAGAAUAUAAAAAUUAAAAAAUUUCGAGUUUCAAGGUAAUCGGGAACGGCUGGUGAUAUGAAGAAUAUCCAAGCCACCGGAUAUGCUGAAGUGAAUGGAAAUAAUUUUAACACAAAUGAAAAAGAUGAAACUACCAAUGAACAUGAAGAAAUUGAUGCAGUACAGAAAGCCAUGGGUGGCCUUGGUAGAUGGCAAAUUCUUGUCUGCCUUGCAAUAUCACUCGUUAAAUUUCCAGUUGCAUGGCAUCAACUUGCCAUUGUUUUUAUGGCUCCACAAUCACAGGGUUAUAAUUGUACCAAUCCACCACAUAUAGAAACCAAAGAUCAAUGUGUUUUAAAUAUAAAUGGAACACAAAUUGAAUGUCAAUCUUGGGAAUUUGAUAAAAGUAUUUUUCCUGAAACAAUUGUAUCACAGUGGAAUUUAGUCUGCCACAGAUCUCAUUAUGCUAAUUUUCAACAAGCAAUACUUAUGUUGGGUAUUUUACUUGGAAAUAUAACAUUUGGAAGUUUAGCUGAUAGAUUAGGAAGAAAAAUACCAUUGAUGAUUUCAGUUGUUUUACAAUUAACAUCAGGAAUUGGCUGUGCAAUUGUUCCUUGGUUUCCUGCUCUUCUUUUUUUAAAAUUACUUAGUGCCAUGGCAACAGGUGGAACCAUGGUCACCAGUUAUGUAAUAUGUAUGGAAAUGGUUGGAACGAAAUGGCGUGCUGCAAUAACUGUUUUAUAUCAAAUACCAUAUAGUCUUGGUCACAUGUCAUUAGCUGGAAUAGCAUAUUAUUUUCGUCAUUGGCAACAUCUACAAUUAGCAAUAAGUUUACCAUCAAUUAUUCUAUUGGGAUACUGGUGGAUUGUACCAGAAUCACCAAGAUGGCUAUUAGCUGUUGGUAAACAAAAAAGAGCAUGUGAAAUUCUUACAAGAGCAGCUAAAAUUAAUAAAACUGGAGCAAAGGAUAUACCUGAGAUUGUCAGAAAACAUUGUUUACAUCAGAAUUCAAGAAAAACAGCAUCUGAUCAUGGAGCAACAAUAUUUGAUCUUGUUAGAACACCAAAUAUGAGAAUAAAAUCAUUGGCAAUAUUUUUCAAUUGGAUUGUUUGUGGUAUGGGACUUUUUGGUAUGACUCAAUAUAUUGGCCAAGUUGGUGGUAAUAUUUUUAUUAAUUUUGCUGUUUCUGGAGCAACACAAAUACCGGGUAAUUUUGUUGCCUGGUGGGCUAUGAAUAAAUUAGGAAGAAAAAUUACUUUAAUUGUCAGUAAUAGUGUUGCAGGUACUGCUGCAUUAUUUUUAAUUAUUACACCACAAAAUGCAUUGUGGCUGAGACUUAGUCUUGCUUGUUUUGGAAUUGUUGGAAUGUCUGUUUCAUUUACGACAGUUUAUCUUUUCUCUGGUGAAAUAUUUCCAACGGUUGUUAGAAAUAUUGGCGUAGGAACAAGCAGUAUGUGUGCAAGAUUAGGCUCAAUAGCUGCACCUUUUAUUGUAUCACUGAGUGGUGUUAGAGAUUGGCUUCCACCUUUUUUAUUUGGAGUAUUUCCACUUGUUGGUGCAGUGCUAGUUUUUCUAUUACCUGAAACUAAUGGAUGCACACUUCCAGAAACUCUUCAAGAUGGUGAAGAUUUUGGAAAAAAACAACAAAAGAUAAAACAAACAAAAAAUUUCGAAGCUGAAGCUGCAUUGUAAUGAUUUUAAAAUAAUUCAAUCGUUAUACGUGUUUUUUUUUUUUAUUCAACAUCAAUUGGAAGGUUAAAAACAUUCCGAUAAAAUAAAAAUAAAGUAAUAAAAAUAAUAUAUUGAGAAUUUUCUUUUACAAAAUUUGAUUGUAUCAAAUAUUAACAAAUUAUGUAUUAUAAAGAAUAUGUUCUCAUUGUAAAUAGAUAAAUUAUUUUUUAAGAGUUUUUAAAUGUUUGUCUCUUAUAAAAUUUGCACUAGCUAAAUUAAGUGCAAGAACAACAUUAAAAUAUACUCAAUGAUAUAUUUUCACGUAUACGUAAAAAUUAAAAAAAGUUAUUUUUAAUAAAUAAUAAAAACAUGAAUUAAUUUCUUUUAAAUAUACAAAAUUAUAUUAUAUUUGAAGCUUGUAUACCAAACCAUAGUAUCAAGCUUAAGAGCUUAUUAUCAGAGCUUUUUUCAAAAUUAAAUUUCGAGUUUCCCCAGCUUUAAAAAUACUCAAAUGACAAUAAUAAUAAAAAUAAUCAAACAAAAUAACAAUCAUUUUAAUGAUUAUAUAAGAAUAACAAUUAUUUUUAACGUACUUCCGUUUGUCAGAAAAAAAAAUAACUAAUUUAAAUAUAUGUCAACAGUUCAACACAAAAAUUAUGGAAUAAAAUAACAUAUGAGAUAAUUAUAUAGACAAUUGAUUAUCAAUUUUAAUUAAUAUUUAGAAUCAACACAUAGCUAGACUAAUGAUUAUUUUUUAAAAUUAUUUUUUCUCAAUUUGUUAACAUGUCAAAUAUAUAUGACAUGAAUGGAAAGUAUAUUUAAUGUAAAUCAUUACUGUAUUGGCGUGCAAUAUGCAAGGUGUUUUGAGAGAUAAAAUAAUAAUACGGAACAAUGAAUAGCCUUGAUAAUGUUGUCACAAGUCACACAUUAUAUUAUGUAUACUUUAUUGCAAUUAAAUGAUUAAAUUAGUCAAUUGGAAUAUAUAAAUACAAAAAAAAAAAUCAUAAUACAGAUGUUUUUUUUUUUAUUAAUUAUUUAUUUUUGUAUGCAAGUCAAAUCUCUGUCAAAUUGAAUAACCGUCAACUGUCAUUGACAAACGGAAGCAAAAAAAAAAUUAAGUGAAUUACAAAAUAAAUAAAAAUCUGAUUUUAAAUGUGCGUAUUAUUGGCACAGUUGAAUAUUUAUUUGAAUU